UGACAGGAUAAUUCAAUAUGGUAUUAUGGAUGAUACUGAUACAUUUGUGAGUGAAAACUCAUGGACUGUAGAGCUGCUUUGUGAUUCAAUGAAGGCAUUUAAAAUUAGCUGGGCUGAGCAUUAUUCUGCAGGCUUAAAGGCCCGCAUGGCAAAUCAAAAAAUGGAAGGAGAUAAGAUAGAUCAAGAUCAUCUGAAUAUAACAUCAUCCUAA